AUGGGAGUUGUGGACGGAAAACCUGGAAACAGUGAACGAAAUAUUGAAAGAGAGAACCAUAGUGGUUCACUCAAACUUCCACGAAAGAAAAAGGGAGACAAAAGACAAAUGAGAAAAAAAUUGCAACGGAAAACAUCUCAGUCGAUGAAUGAUAGAGUUCAAAAGGAAUUGAAGAAAGAGAAACCAGGUCUGUUGGACAAGGAAAGAACAGAUUUGAGGUUCAACCGCAUCAAAGAGAUUCCUCCAGAUACAUUCAAGAAUCUAUCAAAGUUACAUACACUAUUAUUGAAUAACAACCAAUUGUCAAAACUACAAAAUGGCGUUUUCAAUGGACUCCAGGAGCUGAGAUAUCUGUAUUUAUAUAAGAAUAAAUUAAAGGAAAUAGAAGAUAGAGUGUUCCAAGAUCUCAAUAAAUUGGAACAGUUGUACCUACACUUCAACAAAAUCGAGAAACUAGGGUCUGGAAUAUUUUCAGAUAUGAAGAAUCUUGAAAGAUUGUUCUUGCACAACAAUAAGCUGAAACACAUAUCUCCUGGCGCUUUCAACCAUCUUGAUAAUCUGAAAAGACUGCGUUUGGACAGCAACGCUCUAGUAUGCGACUGUGAGAUGAUGUGGUUGGCCAAACUGCUCCAAGAAAAACGACAAAUAACGCAAGCGGCUGCAACCUGCCAGUUUCCGACGACCAUGGAGGGAAAAUCACUGGCAGAAGUCAACGAUAACGACUUCCAUUGCA